AUGGUUUCGGUCUUUCCUCUCGGUAUUUCCGAAGAGGUCAUUCAGCUUCCAAAGGAACACCUUGGUAGGGCCACAGGCCAUUCACAUUCCGCAGCGCCAGGUGCCGUCCCCAACCGCGUUGAGUCGUAUAUCGUUGUCAUGUCAAUCGUCGUUGUUGGGCGCAGCACAGAAGAGUACCAUACAACCGUCCGUGCCAAGCAAGGUAAUGGCCGUAGGCCGCUGCAGUUUGGAAAAUGGAUGACGGCGUCGCAUAUUCGCUAG